AUGUCAUCGCGCGCCGCCACGCAGUUGACGGCAACGUCACGCGCAUCGUCAGCGUCCUCGCGCAGCGGCAGACGCUCGCUCGCGCGCGCGUCGGCGUCGCGUCGCGUCGCCGCAUCGUCGUCGACGUCGACCGCGACCGACGGCGUCGGUUUCAGCGCCGCUGGUUUCUUCUUUCCGUACCACGUCGGCGUGUGGGAGGAGCUCGUGGCUCUAAAAGUCAUGCGCAGCGACGAGACGCCGUGCGCGGGCGCAUCCGCGGGAUCGCUCGUCGCCGCGAUGCACUGCUGCGGCUUAACGCCGGCGGAUGGGAAAAGAAUUUUAAUGGACGUCCUGGCGGAUUGUCGAGCGAACGGGGUCGUCGGACGCGUCGGUGCGGUGCUAGAAAAUGCGCUGAGGAAAGAACUUCCGAGCGAUGCGCACGAGCGGUGCUCGCGUGGGAAUUUAUUCAUCAGCGUAUCGUCGCCGAUGAUGCGCGAUGGGAAAUUUGCGUUGGACGGCGAACUCGUGUCAGCCUUCGAGAGUUUCGACGAUUUGGUCGGGGCGCUCCUGGCGUCGUGUCAUAUUCCGUUGUAUUGUGGGUGGCCGGCGCGAAGGUACCGAGGUAAGUGGUGCGUGGAUGGGGGAUGGCAUAAUUUAACGCCGACGCCUCCGGGCUCCGAGCGAAGCGUUCGCGUGUGUGCUUUUCCGCUUCUCGACGCGUGGCGCAAAGCUGAACCUGGAGAUGGCAAAGAGUCUGGUGAUGUCUUCGCGCAACAGGCUUCAUUCUGGGCGGGAUGGGGCGAUGAUGACGCGCGAAACUUGCUCGUGGCCCCGGACGCCGCAGGCGGGAAGCCAGAGUGGGAUUACUCGGAGGCGAUUCGCUUUGCUCUACUGCCGGGUUCGAAUGACGUCUUGGAGGAGAUGAUCGUCAUGGGUCGCAUGGACGCCAGGCGUUGGGCGAAGAGCGUCGGGUUCGAUGUCAAACUAGCGAUGAGAGGUGCGGUAGGCGAGUCUAAAAUCACUAUGUAA